UCAGUGACGUAACGUCUCAGACGUGUCAAGCGCGUCUGCGCAUGCGUGACAGACAUGUGGAGAAGAAAUGUAAAUAAUAGGAGGAUAUCUGACUAGUUUGAGCACUAACGACAUGAUGUACAGAGCAAUAAUCCAAUGGUUCCGUGGUCAGGACACUUCAAAUGCAUUUCAAAGAGGAAUGUGUUGUUUAAUGCGUCGAUGCGUGAGCAGCAUUAGAUCAGAGGAUGAUAUAAAGAACUUUAUUACAGACAACACAGAAAUAGUAAGCGGCCAAAGUUUAACCCCAGAGAUUUCUUUAAGACUCUUCACACCCACCUGCCGGUUUUGGACGGAGAAACCAGAAUUGUGGCCUUUCCCUGAUCCCUACUGGGCGAUAUAUUGGCCCGGUGGACAGGCGCUGGCUAGGUUUCUCUUAAAUAACCCCGAGGUGUCUGAAGGCAGAAAGGUGCUGGAUCUCGGCUGUGGGUGUGGAGCAUCAGCCAUUGCUGCCAGACUCAGUGGAGCUUCUCAUGUGGUGGCCAAUGACAUUGAUCCAAUUGCUGCCGUUGCCACAAAAAUGAACUGUGAACUGAACAACGUGGACCCUUUACCUUGUGUGACGGACAACAUGAUCGGUUCAAAGCCUGAGGCCUGGGAUCUUAUUCUCCUAGGAGACAUGUUCUAUGAUGAAGGUCUGGCUGAUCGUCUGCAUAAGUGGCUCCAGAUGUGUAUAAGCACAUAUGGAACACAAGUGCUCAUUGGUGACCCAGGACGGGCUCAAUUUGAAAGCCACUACAUUAGAAAAUUAUUACAUCCGCUGGCUUACUUUGAGCUACCAGACUCAGUCAAAGAGGAGAAUUACGGACUAACAAGAAGCACGGUGUGGUGCUACAAACCUAAUCUAUAACAGCUAAUGCAUUCAUGUGUAUGUAAACUAUGUACAUGAAUAAAAUAUUACAAGAAAA